ACAGCAGAACAGCGGCUGUGCUGCUGAUGACUGCCAAGCCUGAUAUCUCCCUGCCCUGCCCUGCCCACACUCACAUAUCACUGCUCUGCUGGCUGUUUGACUGGCCUACGGCGUGUGGACGGUGGCACUAGACCUGAGAAGAAACCCUGAAUUCUUGCGGCUGCUGUUCUUCAACCACAUUUCCACCACUCAAGUCAGCAAGGACUAUGUGAAAUGGGUCUUUCCACAAGCACUGUGCUUUUCAUUCUCCUGUCCUGCUACUGCUGCUGGGUUACGGCAUACCACCACGUCUUUGAUCCUUCUUCUGUUUCAGAGAUCCUUGUUUCAAAUGGUGGACAAUGGGGCUACUGGGGACCUGAUCAAUAUUGUCUAAAUGGACAUGCUAUUGGUUUCUCACUGAAGAUAGAGCCUUAUCAAGGAGGUGACCAAGACAGUGAUGAUACGGCUCUGAAUGGCGUCCGUCUGAUGUGCUCUGAUGGUACAUUUAUUACAUCUAGUUUUUCCAGAGACUUCACCAGACUGCUGUGGGAAUCAGCGGGCAGGGAAAAGAUCAUCUCCCCAAGUGGGCCUCUUGACAGAUCCAUCCCAUUGCCAGCCCAGCUGCAGAAAAAGAUGUCUGUUUCUUAAGUUAAUUCCUUUGUUUUUCUUCAGCAGGUGGGGUACUUGGUCUGGGCAAUACUAUUGCCCUUCAGGUGGUAGAUUGGUGUCCUUCGCUUUGAGGGUAGAGAUACCCCAAGGGUUUGGGGAUGACACGGCAGCCAACAACAUCAAGUUUCAAUGUGACGAUGGUCACGUGCUGAUCGGCAACUCACAUACCUGGGGUGUUUUUGGAGAAUGGAGUGACAGCUGCAACAGUGGAAUAUGUGGGCUACAGACAAGGGUGGAGGCAGAGCAAGGGCCCAGUGACGACACAGCACUUAAUGAUGUGGUAUUCUACUGCUGUUAAUGGAAACAGAGCACUUCUUCCCUGUUUAACAACAUUCCUGCCUGUUAGUGUUACUGCGGGUUUACUAGAUCCCACCUUGAUCCAGUUCAAGGUGGGAAGUGGAACACUUCUGUAGAAUAUCCCCUGUCAAAGCUUACUGCAAAACAUAUUGGGAUCCGCAAGAGAGAAAUAAAUUUUGUUUUCUGCACCUGC